UAGCUGGAAUAUUUUUAUGAUGUUAGAUGUUAAUUGCAGGGCUCCAGGAAAUUUUGGAGCUGACUAUCCUCUCACAGAAGAAAAUGUGAAAGCUCAAGAAAUUACAAAGAUAAAGGAGAAGAAAAAGAAGAAAAAAUCUAAUAAGGAUGAUGGUAAUGAGAGUGACGCAGGAAAUUUGGAUUUGAAUCAAGAAAUGUAUUCACUUGCCCACUAUAUAUCUGAUCAAGAAGAACUCGUUAAUCAGAUGUUUUCAAUUAUUAAAGGCCCAAAACUUGAAGCUAUGCUUCCUCCAAUUCUUAGGAGUAUACCACUCCAUGAGUUGAAAAGUCUUUGUUUACAUGAACUACGUGGAAUGAGUAAGAAGCGGAUUAUUUGUAUUAUCAAUGGUCAGGAAAUGGAGGGAUCAUCUGAAAGUGAUGAGGAGGAAGAAGUAAGAGACAAAGUAGUUGGUACUAACAACAAGAGUGAUGACUCUUCAUUGAAGAAAACAGUCGUAGCCGCUGAUAGAGUCAUUGAAAACACUGAUAGUAAUCAAGGAAUUCCUGCAUACCUCUUAAAAACAAUAAAAGUUGAAGAUCAGGAAGCUGACAGUUCAGGGACUAAGAAUUCCUCUGGUGGGAAAAGUGUUUUGGAACUCCUAGAGCUGCAAAUGAGAGCAAGAAUUAUCAAGACAAUGCUAGAGAAAGGUGAUGAUGGAAAAGCUCUUACAGAAGAUGCAAUUGUAGCUUUGAUGGGAACUACAGCACAAAGUCAAGUAGCAAAUGCAGUCAGUGUGGUUAAGAUGGAAAAGGAUACGGAAGCUGCCGAGGGUCAAAAUAAUAAAGAUUACAGUAAAGGUGAUAAGGAAAUGGAUAAAAAGAAGUCCACUGAGGAGAAAAGGCAUAGAGAUGAUAAUGGUAAACAUGGCAGAAGUGGUCACAAAAAAGAACACCAUCGCAGGAGAGGAAGCAAACGGCAAAAAAGCACAGAGGUGAUAGAUAGUGAAGAAGAAAAUGAAAAGAAGUCAAGAAGAGACAGAAGUUCAGAAAAGAGACUUCAUAAGAAAAAGAAAAUAACACGUAAAGAAUUUGAAGAGAGAAUGAAACGAGCAAAGAAGAAUAGAUCAUAUAGACAACGCAAAUCAUCAGAAGAUGAAGAAAAAGUCAAGACAUUACAAAAAAGUGAAAGUGCUAAAGAUGAAGAGCUUGGUACUGAAAAUAAGGCAAAGGAUGAGAACUUACAAAAUAAUGACAAAAAAGGAGAAGAUGGUGAAAUUGAACCUGAGAAAGAUGGUGAGGCAGUAUCAGAGAAAGAGGAAGGUGAGGCUGUAUCAGAAAAAGAAGAAGGUGAAUUAGAUAGUGAUGAGGAAGAGGAGGGAGCAUGUAGUCCCAGUGACAUUUCUAGUGCUAGUUAUUACUCAUCUUCACGGAGUUACACAAGUCGGAGUCGUUCAAGGAGCUACAGCAGGAGUUGGUCAAGGAGUCCUGUAAGAAGAAGGGGUAGGGGUAAAGGUAGAGGUAGAGGUAGAAGUAGAAGUAGAAGUAGAAGCUGGACCAGAAGUAGAUCCCGGUCUAGGAGUACUGACAGGAGGAAGAGGGAUGUAGGAAGGGCUCCAAAACGAACAAGAAGAGAUAACCGUAAUUCUGGGAAUGUAAAAAUGAGUAGUGGCAUUGUUUCAUUACCAUCGACUAGUAAUAAUAAACAGCAAAAGGAGGAGGAAGAUAACUGGGGUCAAAGUUGUGAUAUUGAGUUUGUAGAUUCAGAGGAAGAUUUUGAUGAUAAUGCUGCUGAUUCUGCAAAGACUGCCACUGUAAACUCAAAGAAGCCAUUGCCAAUGAAAGGUCAGAAUUCUGAAAGAGCAAGUAUUAGUUUUUCAUUUCAAAAGAAAACCGUGCCAAGCAUUACCCCAAAUGUUGAUUUAGAUGAUUUGCCUUUGAAAUCCAGUUCUCUUGGUAUUGGCAAGGAAAUAAAGAUUUCAGAUGAGGGAAUCACUCCUAAUAAAGAUCUUGAAGAACCUGAUGAAAUCAUUAAUUUAGAUAGUCCAAAGAUGCCUUCAGAUGAAAUUUUGAUAAGUUCUGACAGUGAACAAGAAGUGAAAGAUAUUGUAAAAGUAAAAUCUGUUAGAGUGGAAAAACGAGAGCAACUUCAUGCAGUAAAGGUAGCUGAAUUUUCUAAAGGAAAAGAAAUAGCUAUUCCCAGAGAUGGUAGUGCUCAUUUAGGUAAGGCUGAUGCUGUUGUGAGUAAUGGAAAUCAAGCCAGUAUGGUCACUUUUGAAGAAACAGAAUUACAGGUUAGGACAAAGAGUAAUGAUGAGUUGAGAACACUAGUUAAGAAACUAGAUGCUGAUAAUAUGCAAAAAUCAAAGGAAGAUAGUACAAAGAGCUUUCCAUGUAUCUCCAGUAAUAGUGGGAUGGAGAUUGAACAAGAAGCUUGUACUAAACAGGGAGAUAGUGCUGCUGGAGAAAAGAUUAAUCAAAGUGAAAGAAUAGAAGUUAAGCCUCAUAGAAGUGAAGAGACUGGAAAGGAGGAGAGAGAUUUUGUAAACAAUGUCUGUUCAGUUGGUGAAGACCAAGAUUUAUUAGUUGCCAAAACUCUGAGUACUGUAAGUGAAAACAGUGGCAAUUUUUGUCAAGUAGACAUUACUUCAGACAGUGAUAAGACACAAGAAACUGUUUUACCAAAGACUGAUGCAUCAAAUGUGUCAGAAAAUUUACAUGGUAUAGAUAUAAAAGAAAAUACUUCUGAGCAAGAGUAUGAAAAAAUAUGCUUGGAUACAAGUGAAACGCUGGAUAAAGGUCGUGGUCAGCCAUAUGUAAUCAGCAAUGAAAGCGAUUCAAAAAGUGAAUUGACCAAUAAACAAGCAUUGUGUGGAGUUUCACAGGCAAUGAGGGAAAAGGAAGAAAUUAUUAAAACUGACAUGCAGAAACCAUACGAAGUAAGGGCACAGAGAGUUAUACUUGAACACUUACAGGACUCUUAUAAUGAAGAACAAGACAGCAAUCAAGAGUCAAGCAAUGAAGACCAAAGAAUAAUUACUAAACCCAAUGUAGAAAACGUUACCACUGACUUUUUAAAGGAAAAAUCCCCAGAGGAAAAGGACAAAUGUGAAGAACCCAUUAAUGACACAAUAGAAGUUAAUGAAGGACUUCCAGCUGAAGUAAAUAGAGAAAACAAACAGGGAACAGUAAAGGGAGAGGACUGGAAUGUACAUGAAAAAACAGGGGAAAGAAUGGAAAAUUACAAUAGUGAUAAGAAAGAGAGAGGAAGUGAGUACUUGGUAAGUAAUGAUGAUUGUGGUAUUAACAAACCUUCAACAGAUGAUUUUUAUCGAGGGGCUGAUGAACUUACUUUCAGUGAUGAUGAUGAUGGCAAUGAAGGCUCAGAAGAAGUGAAUGAAAACAAGGCAGUUGAACCAAUCAGGAUUAAUACGGGACUUAUUCGAAAGCGUAUUCCUCGUACAAAAAAAGUUGAAAUGGAAGCUCCUGGUAAAUCAUGGACUAAAAAAGAAAAAAAGAAAAAGGAAAAACCAAAAGAUGUAUUGGCUAUGGAAGGCAUUGGCCUUUUGAAGAAAACUCUCAUAGAAAGUGUGCAGAGUCCAUCAUCCAGAGAAGAGGAGGAAGAAUCACAUAUGGAUCGGAAAGAAAUUGGGGAACAAACAAAUGAUGAUGAUACAUGCACUAGUUGGGGAAUAAGUUCGGUCUCCUCCAAAGAAGAGACAUCCAUGGAUUCUAGAGUACAGAGUCCAAAAGAAAAUGCUGCAGAAAGAAUUGAUGCAUCUCCUUCAAGUGAAAAUUAUGAAAAUAAUGAGAUGCCUGAUACAAGUUCAGACCAGAAAAAAAAUGCCCAGAAUACUGAAAUUAUUGGGGUAAUUGAAGCCAUUUCUCAAUCUGAUGUGAAUCAGAUGGAUGACAUUGAUAUCGGAGGAUCUAGCUGGAGUAUGAGAUGGCUGCAAAGUGAAAAAGUUCAGAAAGUUGUAUCCAGUAGCAAAAUGUUGAGUCGUGUAAGGAAAAAAAUACAAAAGAAAGAUAAGGCUACCAAAGUAGUAACAACAACCGAAAAACCCUUUAUACCAGCAAAAAAGAUUCCUGACCCAGUAGUGCCAAUCAUUGGGAGCAUUGAAGAAUAUGAACGGUUAUUUGGAAUGAAAGCAAAGAAACCCAAUGAAGAAGCUGCAGAUGCUGUAGAUGGAGCAGUUCAGGAAAGUCAUACCCCUGGAAAAGAAUUGGAUCAACCUUCAAGUGCAGUUGUUCAGGAAUCCCAGAAGAAGCGAACAAACUUUGGAUCAGAUGACGAGGGCGAAGACAGUGAGGAAGAAGCAUUGUGGUCAAAGAUAUUAGGGAAAUGAUUUUAGGUGCAGGAGUGUCAUUAGUAUCAUUAUAUAUGUUUGCUAAAAAAAAUUUUAAUUUUGACGCUGAAUCUGCUUUAAUUUUUUUUGUACAGUAA